AUGAAAAAGGAAGAGUAUGAUCAUCUCAUUGCUUGUAUCAAAAUUAGUUUUAAAGGACAUGUCAGCAUUUCAAGGCAAUACAUAUGUAUUCGCAAAAGGAGUAUUUUACCAAUUUUGGAAGAUGCAUUUUUAACGAGGGUUUCCACUCAUGAUUCAAAUGCUUUGAAAAUAAAUGUUUCUAAGCCUUGGCGUUUUCUGUUUAUGGCAAACUCGAAAUUCGAGCUCAACCUGAACUUGAACUCUAAAGGAAGGCUUCAAGUAAUGCUGUUAAUUAGUUCAUUGGACCUACAUAGAUCAUUUCCUGAUAUUUACUUAAUGACACCAUAG